AUGACCGAAGCUCCUGGGCCCAAAUCUAGCAUCAUGCAUCAUGUCGAGGAUGCACGAAAGCAAGGCACACUUGGAGACUUCAUCUCCCAGCAACAGCAGCAUGACGCUGAGGAGCUUCAAGAGAAGUAUCACAUACCCAUGAAAGCGGUCUUGGAGUCACACUUGGAAGAAGACCCCAGAACCGUUCGCAAGGUUAUGAGAAAGGUCGACUUUCGUCUGGUCCCCAUGCUUUCGUUGCUGUACAUGUGGGCUUUCAUUGAUAGGGCGAACUUGGGCAAUGCCAAUAUCGCAGGCAUGAGUAAAGACCUCAAAACCAACAUCGGCAACCGCUAUUCAGUCCUAGCCAUGAUCUUCUUUGUUGGUUACUGUCUCAUCGAUAUUCCUACAACCUUCACCGUCCGCAAAGUUGGGCCAGCCUUGUUGAUUGGCACUGUCACAACGCUCUGGGGAAUCAUCACAAUAUGUCAAGGAUUCGUCAAGACAUGGGGCGAGCUUCUCCUUUGUCGCCUGCUUCUUGGUUUUCUCGAGGGAGCUUUAGUGCCCGCGGCCAUGUUUCUUCUGUUCAAUUGGUAUACACGUUACGAGAUCCAAGCUCGCAUUGCCUCAUUCUAUGUGAUUGGGAAUGCAUCGAGUGGUCUAGCUGGCCUUCUCGCCUAUGGCAUCGAGCAGAUGGCUGGCGAUCAAGGCCUCAACGGCUGGAGCUGGAUUUUCAUCAUAGAGGGCGUCAUCAGCACCGUUGUUGGACUUGCUGCGUUUGCGGUAAUCGUGGAUUUCCCCGAAAAAGCAGCUGUCAAGAACACCAUCGGUCUGCCAGGAUUCCUUACCCCCGAAGAAGCUGCAAUCGUGCUCGCUCGUGUCGAGCGAGACCGUGGAGAUGCAGUCGAAGACAAGAUCAGCUUCAAGAUCGCCAUGAAGCACUUUGGAGACUGGAAACUUUGGGAGUUCACCCUUUACCUUGUGCUGAACAACACCGGCGUGUACGCAUUUUCCUAUUUCCUCCCUGUCAUCCUGAAAGACGGCUUUGGCUACUCUACAGGCAGAGCUCAGCUCUUGACCUUUCCCCCAUAUGCAGUUGGAGCGGUCUGGAUCAUGAUCUGCGCCUUUACUGCAGACCAUUUCAAGGUCCGAGGCCCCGUCAUGCUCUUCAAUGCCAGCCUCUACAUCAUCGGCUUGUCCCUGACAGCGUUCGUCGAGAACGUCCACACCCGCUACGCUGGCGUCUUCCUUGGAGUGAUGGGCAUCAUCGCAAAUAUCCCGACCCAGUGGGCUUAUGCCCAUAAUAACAUGGUUGGGCAGAACAAGAAAGGCCUCACGAUGUCGUUGAUGGUCAUGGGAGGGGCUUUCGGAGGCAUCAUUGCCGGCAACAUUUUCCAGUCCAAGGACGCACCGAAUUAUCGAACUGCCCUUUGGAUUUGCAUUGCAUUCCAGAUCCUCUAUUUUGUGCUCGUCACGAAGAACUUCUUGAUCUUCUAUACUCAGAAUAAGAGGGCUGAUCGUGGCGAUAUCAUCAUCGAAGGACAGCCAGGCUUCAGCUGGAAGAUGGCCCGCGAGGACCUGGUCAAGAUCUCCAUUGACGACGCUCGAGCACUCGCAAAGUCCGCCCUGCAAGCGGUGGGUUAUAGCGACCAUGACGCCGAGACGAUCAGCUCUCAUAUCAUGGACGCACAAGUGCGCGGGUACGGUCCGACCGGGCUAGCAAGAGCGCUCACGAUCGCAGACCGAGUCCGAUCCAAGCUCGUCGGCAGCACAGAUAUGGUCAUAACGCGAGAGUCACCGGCGUCAGCCCAGCUCGACGCCAAGGGGGCAAUCGGGUAUCUGUCUGCGUACCGAGCGACGGAGCUCGCCAUUGCGAAGGCGAAAGCAGGUGGCGUGGGCAUAGUCGGCGUCAGCGAUACAUUCUUUGCCGGGAUGUUGUCGUACUAUGCCGAGAUGUGCACGCGGCAGGACCUGGUGGUCAUGAUUGCUGCCAGUGCCGGGCCUUGGGUCGCGCCCGAGGGGAGCUAUACUCCUCGCUUUGGCACGAACCCCAUGUGCAUAGCGUUUCCGUCAGCAUCGGAUACGCAGCAGCCCGUCAUCUGGGACAUUGGCACGUCCAAAAUCAUCCACGCCCAAGUCAAGCUGGCGCAGUUGAUGAACGAGGAACUGCCAGAGGGAAGUGCUUACGACGCGGAUGGUGAAGUCACAAGAGAUCCGUUCAAAGCGAUGGCAGGGGCAAUGGCUGUCUGGGGCGGCCACAAGGGAUCCGGUCUGGCGGUCGCCAUCCAGUUACUGGGAGCUCUGGCCGGGGCGCCGGCUCACACUGGCGACCAUGAGGGCUGGGGUCUUCUUGUCAUCGCGAUGGAUCCGGAAAUGUUCAGACCGAUUGACGACUUCAAGCGUGAGGUCGACGAAUACUCAAACACCAUCAGAUCGAGUCGGCCGUUGAAGGGAAACGGGCCCAUCAGGAUGCCCUUCGAUCGAAGCUGGGAAGUGCGUGAAGCAACCAAGGCUGAUGGGUUCGUGCAAGUGGAGAAAUCUGUCAUAGAUGGCUUGAGGACUCUGAUAGAUACGAAGUCGAACAGUCACCCAGGCGGUCAUUGA